GGCUCCCUCCCGCCAGACCGUGGAGUGCGCACCGACUCUCCGCCCUUCCUACCCUCUUCCGUGGGCCUCUCGUCUGUGCUUGGCUCCAGAGACUCCAUUCUGCUAGUCUUCUGGCGGUUUUCUGGGUUAUUUAGGCAGGUGUAGGUGGAAGCUAAGUGAUCAGGAGCAUGCGCGGUGAGCCCAGCAUCCUCCUCGGCUGCCAUCUUCUAAUACUAUUCCUAUUAAUGGAUAUGUUGAUAGGUAGCUAUUUUACCCAUUAUCUAUUUUUAAUUUUAAUUUAAUUAUUAUUAUUUUUAAAUAAUCUCUACACCCAACAUAGGGCUUGAAUUCACAACCCUGAGAUCACAAGACAUCUGUUCUACCAAUUGAGGCAGCCAGAUGCUCCCCCAUUAUUUUUUUUGUUAUGAAGUAAAUAACCUAUGGGAGAGGUUAAAUGAUGAUUAGUGAAUUAUUCAAUAGUGAAUUAUUGAGUGCUUAGUACAUGCAAGUGCUGAGGAUAAGGCAGUGAGCAGAACAGACUCUGCACUCAUGGGGCUUAUAGUCUAUGAGCAAAAGGGAUAAUGGCUAAUAAAUUGAUAUUUAAUAUGUGAGAUGACAACCAACACUGAAGAGAGAUGAAGCAAAUAACGGGUCAUGAGUGCAAGGGUUGUGGAAUUAGUAUUUCUUUCAGGGUGGUCAGUGAAGCCCUGUCUAAUAAGAUGACAGUUUAACAAGGAUCAUAAGAACGUUUGGGGAGCAAGUCGUGCAUAUAUCUAAGUGAGGACUAUUCCAAGGAAAGCAGUAAAUGCAAUGACAUUAAGGGAGACUAUGUUGGGCAUAUUUGAAGAACAAUAAGGAAACCAGCAUGACUGAAGUGGUGUGAUCCAAUGGAGAAUAAUAAAUGAAGUCAUAGAAGUUUCACCUAAACCUACAUUUGAGAUUUGAUUCUUUUUUUAAGGGAAGACUUAAAAAAAUUAUGUUCUAAGCUUAACCAAAGCCCACAUUGUUGCUAAACCAGCAGUGCCCAAAGUAGUCUCAGUAGAGCAUUGGUUGUAUGGUGUGAGCAUUGCAUGAAAAACAGUUCCAUGGUCAAAUAAGUUUGGAAAACAUAGGGUUAAUGUUAAAGUUAAAAAAUUCAUUUUAAAAGCUGUUUCUGUGCGUCUUUUAAUGUGCUAAUAAGUUUUGUGAAUCUAAGGGGUGCUUGGGUGGCUCAGUCCUGAAGCUUCCAACUUUAGCUCAGGUCAUGAUCUCGUGGCUGUGGGUUUGAGUCCUACAUCAGGCUCUAGCUGACAGAUAAAAGCCUAGAGCCUGCUUCAGAUUCUGUGUUUCCCUCUCUCUCUGCCUCUCCCCCAGUCAUACUCUGUGUCUCUGUCUGUCUGUCUCUCUCUGUCUCAAAAAUAAAUAAACAUAAAUUUUUUAAAUUAUGUUUUUUGAAUCUCCAACUCAUUUGACCCUCCCUUCAAAGAUCGUCUUAUGGUACUAGUGUUUUUCACGCCAUGGUAAAUACUGUGUUAUCUAAUACUACAGGUUAACUAUGAGUUACCUAAAAGUUAAUAAAAGCAUUUCUACAAAUGCUGUUUCAUAACUUCUCUGUUUACCUUAAGUCAUCACCUCUCCCUGCCUGUUUUUAUAACGAAGACUAUAGUUCUUUUUUUUUUCUUUAAAUAUUUCUCAAAUCCAUCCUUUCUUUUCUAUUUACGAUGCUUAAAUCUUUAUGUAGGUUUGCAUCAUGCCUUACUUAGGAUGUCACUAUCGCCUCCCAACUGGUGGUUCUGCCUCUAGUCUUGCUGUGUCCAAAUUCAUCAUCCUCUCAGUGACAAUUUAAUUGACAUCACAAAUCUAACUAGAUUAUUCACCUACUUAAAAUAAUUUACUAGCUUCCCAUCAAACAGAAUAAAAUUUAAUCUAAUUUGCAUGGCAUAUGAAAUCUUCCAUAAUCUGUCUCCUGCCUACAUCCAAAAUUUUGCCUAAAUCUCCCAUACUUAGUGCUCUCUAACUUUAAGACCAUGUAUACUUCCUGAAGCAUGCAGUGGACAUACAGUUCUUUUGCCUUUGUUCAGUGCUAUUAUCUCUUCCUGACACAGCCUUCUUUUGGUGAGUAGACUAAUUUUUCCACUCUUAAAGGUUUAGAACAGCUGGAAUUUUCCCCCAAGAACACGUACAAGUUCUUCCUAAGUCAGGUGCACUGAUGUAUAAUUCUGACAAAGCACUUGUAAGAAUAAAAUAAAAAUAUAUGUUGUAUCCACUCUUUAGAUCUUAUACCUUGUAUGUAUCUUAAGUGUUUUGCUGUAAUAGGAUACCAAAUAAAUGUUGCAAUUAAGUCUAUUAAGUAGUUGAAAACCUUCUGAUAGACAGAUUUAUCAUUUUCUCCUUUUUCUAGUUUAAAAUCUGUUUGGAUUAUAAAAUUAAAUGUAAUAUAUAAAACUUUUAGAAGAAAACAUAAGGGAAAAUCUACGGGACCUAACUUGGUGAAGAGUUCUUAUACAUGACACAAAAUCCAUAAAAGAAAAAAAAAUCAGUGGAGAUCAGUAAUUUGGACUUUAUAAAACUUAAAACCUUUUGCUUUCCAAAACACAAGCUACAUACUAGGAGAAAAUAUUUGAAAACCACAAAUCUGACAAAGUACUUAUAUCUCAGAUAUAUAAAAACUCUCAAACUCAACGGUAAAAAUGCCAACAGUCCAGUUAGAAAAUGGCUAAAAGAGACGAAGAAACAUGUGACCAAAGAAAAUGUACAGAUAUCAGGUGAGUACAUGAAAAGACGUUCAACAUCACAAGCCAUCAGGGAAAUGCACAAAUGAGCUAUCACUACUCACGCAUCAGAACAGCCAAAAUAAAACAUAGUGACAUACAUCAAAUGCUGGCAAGGAUGUGGAGAAAAAUGGAACUUUUAUAUAUUGCUGCUGGGAAUGUAAAAUGGUAUAACCACUCUGGGAAAGAGUUUGACAGUUUAUUUAAAAAAAAAAAAGAAACAAACAGCUAAACAUACCCUUACUACAUGACCAAACCACCACCACACUCCUGAGCAUAUAUCCCAGCAAAAUGUACAUAUUUGUUCAUUGCAGCUUUAUUUAUAAUAGCCAAAAUUGGAAACAACCAAAAUGUCUUGCAAUAGGUGAUUGGCUAGGGGCCCCUGGGUGGCUCAGUCAGUUAAGCGUCCGACUUUGGCUCAGGUCAUGAUCUCACAGCUUGUGAGUUCAAGCCCCGCGUCGAGCUCUGUGCUGACGGCUCGGAGCCUGGAGCCUCUUCAGAUUCUGUGUCUUUCUGUCUCUCUGUGCCCUCCCCUGCUCACAUUCUGUCUCUCUCUGUCUCUCAAAAAUAAAUUAAAAAAUUAAAAAUAAAUAAAAUAAAUAAGUGAAUGGCUAAAGACAGUAUGGUAUGGCCAUUUUGUGCAGUACUACUGAGCAAUAAAGAGGUUCCAAUUAUUGAUACACAUAACAAUUGGAUAGAUCUCAAGGGCAUUAGGUUGAGUGAAAAAAGCCAAACUGAAAAGGUCACUAUGAUUCCACCUAUAUAAAGACGAAAUUAUAGAGUUCAAGAACAAAUUAGUGGUUAUUAGGAUUUGGGAUGCUGAAGGAGAGGUUUGGGUGUGACUGUAAAAGAGUGUCAUGAGAGAGAUCUUUGUGAUGAUGGGAUAGUUCCAUAUCUUGAUUGCAGUGUUGGUUACAUGACUCUACACAUAGGAUAAAAUGACAGAACCAUACAUAUACAUUGUAGUUAGUUUACUGGUUUUGAUAUUGUGCUAUAGUUAUGUAAAGUUUUGCAACUUUCUAUACAUAUAUAGUUAUUUCAAAAUUAAAGGUUAGAAAACUAUGUUUUUUUUUCUUCUUCUACCUCUCCACCCACCUCUGAGAAAAAAAGUUUGCCUGAUACUCCCAUGUUCAUUGCAGCAUUACUUAUAAUACCCAAGACAUGGAAAUAACCUAAGUGUCCAUCAAUGGAUGAAUGGGUAAUUAUAUACAAUGGAAUAUUAGCCACAAAAAGAAGGCAAUCCUGCUAUUUUUGACAACAUGGAUGGACCCUGAGAGCAUUGUGCUAAGUGAAGUGAGACUGAGAAAAACCAAUACCAUGUGAUCUCACUUACAUGUGGAAUCUAAAACAACAACAACAAAAAAACAAAGAAAACCCCAAAACACACACAAAAGGAACAAAAAUUGGGACUCAUAGAUACAAAGCAUAGAUUGCUGGUUGCCAGAGGUGGGAGAUGGGCAAAAUGAGUGAAGGUGGUCAAAGGUACACACUUCCAUGUGUAAAAUAAUAAGUCCUGGUAAAAACAAACAAAAAACCUAUUUCCCCUCCACACUAAACCUAAGAAUUUAUUCAUGUUUUGUUUUGUUUUUUUUAACUUUUUUCCCUUUUCAUUGUCCUCCAGAGACUGGUUUCAUUGAUCAUUCAUAAAACAAUUCAUCUUCUCUUAUUAAAGAUAUAUAUCUAUGUUAAAACGUGUAGCUCUAGGUCAUUUAAUUGCUCUAUACUAUUUCAUUAUUAAACAUUCUACAAUCUUUUAAUUUAUUCAUUUUCCAAUAUUUCAUUAUAAAAAUAGUGCUGCAAAUUACAUUUUUGUAUAUGCCCCUUUAUGCACAUGUGUGAGUUUUCUGGGUUAUAUAUGUAGAAGUGGAAUUACUGUGAUAUAGACUAUGUACAGCUUUGAUUUUAUAACAUAUUAAUUUUUUCUAGCUGGUCAUACCAGUUUACACCAGUAGUGCGUAAGAGAUUUCCUGUUUUACAUUCUUGCAAACUUUUGGGAUUUCUUUACUUUUUCCCUUCCCACUCCCUCUAUAUAGAACCUGCUAUGAAGUCCAACAGGUUUUACUUCUAUAAUAUAAAUAAAAAAAACAUUUUUUUAGUGUUUAUUUUUGAGAGAGAGAGAGAGAGAGAGAGAGCAUGAGCAGGGGAGGAGCAGAAAGAGAGGGAGACACAGAAUCCGAAGCAGGCUUCAGGCUCUGAGCUGCCAGCACAGAGGCUGACUUGGGACUCAAACUCACAAGCGGUCAAACUCACAAGCGUGAGAUCAUGACCUGAGCCAAAGUUGGACGCUUAACCAACAGCCACCCAGGUGACCCUAUAAUAUUUUUUAUUUCUUGCUCUACUUUGACUGCCUAAUGGAAAAAAAAUUGAUUAUUCUUGUCUUUCAUACUCAUCUUUGUAUUUCUGAUUCUACUCCCACAACCUCUUGCCUAAACUAUUGCAACAGACUGAACAUUUCAGUAUCCCUAUUGGAACUCUCUUCCUGUCCCAAUACAUCCUACUUAACACUGCCAGAUCAAUAUUUCUAAUUCAGGUGGCUUACCAUUGUUUGCAGCAUUAAAUUUAAGUACUUAAUAUAGUAUUCAAGGUUGUCUCCAAUAAGGUCAUAAACUACCUUUUCAGCCGUAUCUCCCACUAUUUUCUACAUAUGCCAUAUAUACUAGCCAUAGUAGAUUACAUUCAUUCAUUGAUUGAUUAAUUCAUUCAAACAGGUAUUUAAUGCUCUUACAGGACUAUACAGUUAUAUUAACACUUGAGUUCUAUGGGUGUUACUGUCAUAAAAUGAACAACUCAUGAUUCUUUUUUUUUAAGUUUCUUUAUUUAUUUUGAGAGUGUGUGUGCACCGACAAGAGAGGAACAGAAAAAGAGGGAGAGAGAGACAGAAUCCCAAGCAAGAGAGGGAGAGAGAGAGAAUCCCAAGCAGGCUCUGUGCUGUCAGCGCAGAACCCAACACAGAGCUUCAGCUCACAAACCGUGAGAUCAUGACCUGAGUGGAAAUCAAGAGUUGGGCACUUAACUGACCCAGCCACCCAGGCACCUUAGAUUCUGGCUAGGGAGCGUACAAGCUGCCUCAAGCUGUUCUUCAAAUAUACCCAGACCUUUUCAGCUUCUGCUUCUCAGCAUAUGUCUUCUCUCCACUGAAGAUGCCAUUUUUUCAGGGCACCUAGGUGGCUCAGUCGGUUGAGUGACCGACUUUGGCUCAGGUCAUGAUCUCACAGUUCGUGAGUUCCAGCCCUGCGUCGGGCUCUGUGCUGACAGCUCAGAGCCUGGAGCCUGCUUCAGAUUCUAUGUCUCCCUCUCUCUCUGCCCCUUCCCCGCUCAUGCUGUGUCUCUCUCUGUCUCUCAAAAAUGAAUAAACGUUAAAAAAAAUUUUUUUUUAAAUGAUGCCAUUUUUUCUAGUUCCUCCAACACAGCCACCUUUGCCUUUCAAAAUCCUACACACUUUUCAAAGUCUGCUUCAGAUGUCACCUUUCAUGAAGCCUUUUCUGAGGUCCUCAGUUAAUUAUGUUUCCAUAGUUAUAUUGCUUUUAUGGCACUUGUUAUAUCCCAUAUAUUUGUCUUAACCCUUCCAAGGUGAUCAGUAGAAUACUUGGUCCAUUCAUCUAUGUUGACCUUGUAGCACUUCACAUAAUGUCUCGUGUAAUGGUAGGCAUACUAUUAACUAAAAUAAUUAAAUUAAAGAUCUCAUAUUAGUGAAAUCUAGCUGCACCAAUUAGAACAAUUUGGGGAAAGAUCAAUUUGAGUAACAAAAAAAUGCUUUAUUAUGUAAUUCAAUCUAGUGUUCUUAGUUUAAAACACCAAAGAAUAAAGUAAACAGAUUUCUCUAUAGUAUAGUGAUCUUUAAGAUUUUACUUUGAUGAACAGCAAAUUUUAUUUGUGAUCAGUAUAACAGUUGUUUAGUUUGUUUUUAGGCUCUCAAGUAGUUUCUUUAAGUCAGAGUUUUUCAAACUGUACUCUGAAGAAACAUAUGAGGUAGUUCUGUUGAGAUGCCUUGGCUACUGCUGGGUGCCUCCUUGGCCCCAAAGAGUAGGCCUUCGUUUAUUUUUUACUCUGUGGGGCUUCCUCACAAGAUUCUAUUUAAGAAAUAACUCUUCUGUUGAAAAAUUUAAAAUAAUUGCUAAGGAUAUGUAAAUACUGCUGUUUUACCAUUUAUUUAAUAUUUUCUAAGAUCUUACAUAAAAGAUAUUAUUCUUGCCCCCUUAUUCUUUUAUUACCACAAAUGUCAAAUCAGUAGUCAAUAGGAGUAUGAAACUUAUUUUUUUAUAUUAAAUAUAAUUUAUUGUCUAAUUAGUUUCCAUAUGAGUAUGAAACUUCAAGUCAUUAAGCAAAUGCUAGGUAAUGGACUUUGAGUAUGACAAGUAAAUUAUUCAUCCUCUGAAUGUUCUGCAUUUUACUGUGGAUUUUUGAGGAGUUGUUAGAAUAUCAGAAGUCACUGGAAUUGGUAUACAAAUUCUUAGGUAGGCUGAAGAAUUUUCUAGACCAUGGCUUCUUCACUUUUAAGGUACAUAAGAUUCUGAUUCAGUAGGUUUGGGUGGGGGCUUGAGAAUCUUCAUUUCUAAGAAGCAGCUGGAAUGUUGGUCAUCUGCGGACCACACUUUUAGUAGCAAGGAGCUAGAUGACCUUCCAAAUCCCAUCACUACAUUUUAGGAUUGUAUCCUUUGCCCCUUUGCCUGAGUGAAAGUAGGUUUUCAGUAUUGCCAUAAAUAUUUGUUUCAACUGGCUAUUUCCCUAUGGUCGUCUUCAUAUUUUGUCAUUUUAAUAGAAAUUUCUGGGUUUUUUAAGGAAAUACUUUGUGUGUGGAUUAAUGAUUGUUCUGUGAUUAUGUGUUUCUUUGCUUAAAAUCAUCCUUCAUGGUUUUUAAAAUAGUCUGGAGAACUCUUGGACUAUCAGUAGCAACUUUCAGACAAUUUAAAUUAUAAGGAAUAUUCAGUUUACUUUUACAACAGAUAUUGAAGGAUAUUGUUUGAGGUUAGAUAUUAAGGUACUACAAAAAUAAAAACAGAGAACUUAAUUUUGUUUGACUAAGGCUGUUUUAAUUGGUAUAAGUAUUGCUAUUUUUAAAAGUUGUUAUUAUCAUGAAUUAGUAGCAAUUAUAUACCACAGCAGGUUAGUCUGUUCAUUUUAUUUGUAGCACACAUGAAUUGAAAAACCUAAUUGUGUAAACAGUCAACCAAUAGGACAGUCAUUUAGUUAAAUAGCUUAUACUAAAAAAAAAUUAAUUAUGAGGGACAUUAGUGCUUUUUUAAAAAAGAUAUAUAAUAUCAAGUACUUUCAUAGUCUUUUGGACCUUUACAGAAAUAUGUAAUAACUAAAUCAUAAAUUAAAAUAAUAAAUUUUUAAGAAAAUUGUCAGAAUUAUUUACUUUUGAUUAAUGGAAAUUGGUGAUUCACUUUGUAGACCAGGACAGCAGAGCAUUUUUGGGGAGAAAAAUUAUGAUUUUAAUCUAAAAGCAUUAGAAUAAUUUGCAUGUUGAUAGUUAUUCUAGCAGCCCCACAUUAUUUCACUUAAUAACUCUCAGUAGUAGAAAUUGCUGGAGGAUUUAUAUUAUUACAAAAAUGACUUUAAAAUAUAUUCUUUUUUAAAUUUCUUAUUACAUAAGCAAGCACUAAUAUUGCUCUAAAAAUUGUUAUGUGGAAUUUUAUGUCAAGUCUUGAUAAAAGUUUUUUUCAGAUCUGAUCCAACUAUUUUGUAUAGAAAUAAACCUCCUUUGUUUCUUCUGGUAGCAUCCAUUGAUUUUUUUUUUUUUCGUAAGGUACAUUAAUAGUGCUGAUAGAAGCAGAACAAUUGGAAUUUACAUUAAAAAUAAAUGUGAUGAAUAAAAAGCAUUACACUAUGAUAUUAUAGUCUUGAUUUUGCUUUACCAAAGUUCCGAAAUCUAAAGGACAAAAAUACUGACAAGGUCAAGAAGAAAAUGAAAGAAAGAACAAACGAUGCAAAAAGAAAAUGACACUGAGGUCUUGGUUUAAUACAUAUGUAUUCCAGGUUGAUGGUUGAUUUCAUUAGCAAAUCUCAUUGUUAUGCAAUGUCUGUUCUUCUGCAGCAAAAUGAAUAUUGUAUUCUCACUGGCUCUGCGUGUAUCUAUUAUGUGGCAAUAAAUGAAAAAAUAUAUAUUUGUAGCUUCCUUUGGUUUCUUCUUUCCAGUUUGCUUUUUAGGAAAAGAGAGAAAAUUGGAUUAUAUUCUUUCUUUUGUUGUUUAGUUGGUUUGAAAGCUUUUUGAUUUAUUUUAGACAUAUGUUUUCUACUUUUGUUCUUUGAGGUAAACAAUUAUAAGGCGGUUAAUAUUGUGACCAUUUUAAUUAUCCUAUAACUUUUUAAAUGACUAGAAUAUAAUCUUGAUUGAUUUAAGCUGCUAAUUGACAUGAGCUUCUUAAGCAUAUGCUUUCUAACAUUUUUAAAUGUUAGAAGUGCUUUUUAUUAUCGCAAGAAAAAUGUUAAGCAAGUGUACACAUUAUGCCAAAUGUAAAUACCGCUACCUUUUGCAAUAGCGAAAAUUGAACAUUGAGAUUAACUAUAUACUUCGAUUGAAUUUUCAUAAAAGAGGAAGUUCAGAUAUAACACAUCUUAGUGGCUACACAUUGAAAAAGUUCAUUUAAUAAGGGAGUAGGCUGCCUAACUCUUUGGGUUAUGUAUAUGAGUUCAAAUAUGGACCAAACUAUAUUAGACACAGUUGUUAUUUAAUUUUGGUCAUUUUUAGGUCUGGCAAUUUUAUCAAAUCUGUUUGAUUUUUGACAGUGUUCUCAAAAGUUGUUCUUACAACUAAAAUUCCUUAGACCAUCUUGAAAGUAGAAAAGCCUAAGGUUUGAUUUAAUAUGGGUUGACUGUGUACACCAUUUAGAAAUUACCUAUAUAGUAAAAAAUGGCCUCUGGCUCACCUGAUGCAAUCUUAAUAAAUAUCUUGGUCAUGUUGGACAAACAUGAGCUGUUAUAAAUAUGUACAGCAGUUUAUUAAUGCGUAAGUUAAUUUGUACUUAAGGUGUUUGCAUCUUAUGAUUCACAGCGAGUAAUAUAGAGUAAGGAAUUUCCAAAUUUAGUAAGGGAGAUUCCUAAAAUAAUUCGAGAAUAAUAUAGAGCUAAAUCAAGUAGAGAAAGAAGGUUUCAUGGGACCAAAUAGGCUGUGAGAGAGGAGAAUGCUGAAAGUGAUAAGGUCUAAGCUGAUAAUGAGGUGGAAAAGCAAUGAGAAACAGAACAUAAAUUUGGCAUCUUGGGGAGACUGAGAAGCAACCAACUCAGCUGUGAUGGAAGAUGUGAUUUGCUACUACUUAUUUGCCACAUGUGAAAAUCAGAUUGUAACAUUGUUAAAUUUUAGUGGUAUUCAGUCCAGAUAUGUGGUAUUUUGAGAUACUACCAUUGCCAACUUUGUUUUUCUUGUAUAAUAAAAUGAGAGAUAGGAAUUCUGUUUGUAUUAAUUUCACUACUGUCUUCCAUUCCUCCCCCAACCAAGAAUAUUAAAAGCAAAUGCUGUAAACGCACUCAAAAGUCAUGCUCUAAAAUGAAUCUAAACUGGUGCAGACUGAAUGACAACUUAGGAAUCUAGAAACCCUAAGUCAGAUUUCUUUACCCUAGUUGGAAAUACCAAACUAAGGAGCAAUAAAAGUCAUCAUAGAUUGGGCUCUCAGGCUGUUGGAUUGAGCAGGAUUAUGGAAAGUCACUAACAAAGAAGAGAGGAACUAUUGUAAGUAAAAAAAAGAGAAGUUCCCUUUUAAGUAUCUAGAUUUACCUAACUACCAGUGUCUUCCCUUGUCUGAUGUGGAACCACAGUUAGAGCUUGCAUGCCCUGUUUUUACUUGCUCAUCCAGCAAAAGAACCUGAAUUUAGAAAAUAAAGUAUGAAUUUGGAACAUGAGAGUAGACUGUGAAUUUAACAAGAGAUCCUUGGGGAUGGUUAGUGUUUGUUUAAAAAAAAAAAACAGAUUAGAAAAAUUACAGAAGCUUUCCUAGCAAGAUGGCUUAUUUUCUGGGUAACUUUUCAUUGUGUUAUGACCUCAGCUUGUGCUAAGGAAAUGUUAAAAGAAACUUUCAUAUGAAGUUUGUUAUUUAAUUUCUGUAAAGAUGCUGUGGGAAAAAAAAUUGAAUUGUCCAGUGUUACUUUAUUAAAAAGUAUAAAAGAAAUUUCUCUCAAUUCAGAGUGCUAGGAAAAGCCUUGGUGCUGGUUUGUAACACAUCUUACAGAGAAUUAAAAUUUUGUAAUUUGAUCUUGUUUCCCACUUUACUUCCAUAGCUAGGAAGCUCAGAGCUGAACCACCCACAUCUUAGAACUGUGUAAGGCAACUGUGAUAGGUGUUUCUGUGUUUCAAGUUUACCUUGUGUUUCAUCUUCCUUCCUCUUAUUUUUCCCUUUAUUCAUGUUAAUUUAUAUUUUGAAAGCAUCUGUUCUACUACUCAUAUUUCUGUAAGUCACAUUAAAUUAUUUUGGAAUAAAAUGGGAUAUAAAUAACCAAUAAAAGCUUAUUUAUUGCCAGCAGAAGACAAGCAAAUAAAAGCAGGAACCUUUCUCCCUGGUGUUCCCUCCCGUCUCCUCUUUUCUUUCUGUAUAAAUUUCUUAAGUCAUGGAUGACUAAUCUCCUGUGUGGUUUCUUAGACUUGCCAGGGGGGCAGGGGAAUCCUUUCUGAAGCUUUUUGCCUGUACAGGGCUACCAGGUAUAGCUCAUUGUGCUAAGUGUGCCUACACAAGAGUGCCUGACUUGAGAGAAACAAGUAAGGCUGAAAUACAUCCUAGAGGAGGAAAGGGUGCCUUUUUCUCAUAUGUGAGCUCAGAGGGGUCUUUUUCUAGCUCACAGAGGACCACAUAUAUUACCCUGGUUUUUGCCCCAGCCCUUUCAGCUGAAUUGUAAAUUCUUAAUACCAAAACUUGCUGCUUGUUGGUAAAAGCCAUCUUGAAUGAAACAAAAUUUCAAAUUUAUCUUCGUUACCUUUAUAUUUUUAUUUCAUUGUCCUCUAAAUUUGACUUAUUAUAGAAAGCUAAGAUAGUCGUGGAUCUUUGAAAUAACUGAACUGAUAAUUUUCAAAUUUAAACUUUACUUUUGUUUUGGUAUAUGAAUCACAGUCAAAGCUACAUAUUUAAUUAUGAAUUAUAUAUUAAAUUUUCUAUAAAGGGAAUAAGUAAGGGCUUUGUUUUGUUUUUCAGGUAACUGUAGAAUAUUUGAAUUAUUUCAUUUGACCAAGAAAUUCAGCUGGACUUGUUAACUCCUUAGUCAUAGUUUUCUGAAAAUUUGCUGUCUAUUUCAUGUGUCAUUGUAGUAAAGGUGGUGAUAAGCGACUUGUGUUAAUGUUUAAUAUUGAAUACACACUCCUUUCCAAUGACACAUAUUGUUUGUAAAUGAGACCCAUUCUGAGUUUCUGUACUCUCGGCACAAUUUUCUAUACUUGGGUGUUCUGUUAUUAAUUUAUUUUGUUUUCUAUUUCAGUACAUUAGAAUUUUAUUUGCAAAUAGAGUAAAUAUGAUUUAAAUAAUAUAAUUUAAUGCCGUGAUAUGAUUAUAUUGUUGUAAAAGGGUCAUUAAGAGCUUUUUGCCUUAAAAUCAAAGCAGUCUAUGUUCUUAGUAGUUAGGAAAUAGAUGCAUGCAUGGCCUUGGUAUAAAUAGAAUUAAGAUAAAUGCAAUUUUGUAGAUUAAGAAAAAAAUCGCCUAAAUAUUUUUAAAGUAGUGAAUUAGUUUAUCACGUUGACAGAGUAUGUGUUUGUUUGUUUUAUACCCUUAGGUAAUUUAAACCAACCCUCGUUCACCUAUACUAGAAAUUUCAGGCAGGGAAAAAAACAGCAGUUUUGGGGGGAAAAAAACUAGGGACAAGAAAACUUAGUCUUCAAGCUAACAAUAUUUUUUUGAGAUGCUCACAGAUAAAUAUUUUCAAUUUUGUUUUCUUUUUGAAAUAGGAAUUUUAAAGGAUGCUGGGAAUAGCUUCGAGUUGUGUAAACUUUUUGAUUCAGAUAAUUGAGAUAGUUUUUUUUUCAAAGACUGCCACAUAAAUUAUAAAGUAAUAUUUUUGUAGGAGCUUGUCCUGAUAAAAAUAGGUUUAUGCUUUGACUAAAAUUUAAUUAUAACUCAGAAACUUCUUUUAUCUACUUUCUUGAAGCAGUUGAAAUUUAAAGACUUUUCUUUAUAUUUAGCAGGUGUUUGAACAGUUAUUCUUAGUUGUUGUUUUUUUUUUUUAAUAUACCUUGUUAGCAUUGCCUUGUCUUUUACAAUUUACUUGCCAGAAGUAAUUUUCAAAACCUACUUAAACAGAUUCAUUUUCAAGCAUUCCUUAUUAUAAACUGUGCCUAUGCAUGUCAGGAAUAAACCCUCCUUAGAAAAAGGAAGAAGGAACUCUUUAUUGUCUGUUUUGACGUUAAUAAAAUUAAGAAAAGAGCGAUUACUUGAGACAUCCACCUUACCUGGCUUAGUUUUGUCACGUGAGCAUUCACGUUUACUGGUGAUCUAAGUGCUCCACCUGCCUUUCAGUUUGUUUACCAGGAAAUCAAGAUGUGUAAACUGCAGGAAGUACUAUUUGACCCUCUCCGACAGUAUCUCAUUACAAUAAUUGCUAAUCUCUGAAUAAGACAGCCAUGUUUUGUGAGUAACUGAGGGAGAGAGGUUGUGUUAGGUAGAUUUUAGGUGUUUCAACAAAUAGAUUAUUGUAAAUGCUUACUUGGAUUAUGUUUUCAUGAUAGCUUUUGAUUAAAAGACAUGUGGUGACCUUUGGGGUCAGCAAAGCUAGGACACAAUAGUAGGUAUUCUUUCAUUCCUUUUAACUGAAAAAUACCACGGCUUGUUGUUUUGGAGUGCUGUCACUGCUCUGAAUCGAAAGGAUAAUGGCUACUUCCUGAUUAAACCCACUCUCCACAGUAAGCUGUUAAUGUUAUACUACAUGGAGUCUGGAGAACGGUUACCAUCCUCAACAGCCUCCUCUACUACACCUUCAUCUUCAGUACCUUCUGUGGCUUCAUCAGUUUCAAAAGGCGGCCUUUCCACGGGAGCUGCUUCCCUGAGCUCUACAAUCAACCCAUGUGGACAUUUAUUCAGAGCAGCUGGGGAUCAACCGUUUAACCUGUCCACAGUGUCGAGUGCCUUCCCAAUGGUCAGCCACCCAGUCUUUGGUCUACAUUCAGCCAGCUCAGGGCAUUCAGAAUUUGGUGGUUUGGGGACACUUGGUACACCCACAGCCUUAGCCGCACAUCCCCAACUAGCAUCUUUUCCAGGUGCAGAAUGGUGGCGAACAACAGAUGUUCAUACUCGUACAGGGGCGACCUUCUUUCCACCAUUGCUGGGAAUUCCACCGCUGUUUGCUCCUCCAGCCCAGAACCAUGAUUCUUCUUCCUUCCAUUCAAGGACUUCAGGAAAAAGUAAUAGAAAUGGUCCUGAAAAAGGUGUAAAUGGGUCAAUAAAUGGAAACACUACAUCAUCUGUAUCUGGUAUCAACACACCUGUACUAUCCACUACUGCUUCAAGUUCUGUGGGACAAAGUAAAAGUAUAAGCUCAGGUGGAGGAAAUCGAAAAUGUAAUCAGGAACAAAACAAAAACCAGCCUUUGGAUGCUAGAGCUGACAAAAUAAAAGAUAAGAAACCAAGGAAGAAAGCUAUGGAGAGUUCUAGCAACAGUGAUAGUGAUUCGGGUACAUCAUCAGACACCUCAAGUGAAGGCAUUAGUAGUAGUGAUUCAGAUGAUCUAGAGGAAGAUGAAGAAGAAGAAGAUCAAAGUAUUGAAGAAAGUGAAGAUGAUGAUUCUGAUUCAGAAAGCGAAGCACAGCAUAAAAGUAACAACCAGGUGCUAUUACAUGGUAUUUCAGACCCAAAAGCAGAUGGACAGAAAGCAACUGAAAAAGCCCAGGAAAAAAGAAUACAGCAGCCAUUACCUCUUGUGUCUGAGUCCCAGACUCACCCAUCAUUCCAAUCCCAGCAGAAGCAGCCUCAGGUUUUGUCACAGCAGCUUCCAUAUAUUUUCCAAAGCUCUCAGGCAAAGGAGGAAUCUGUGAACAAACACACAAGUGUAAUACAGUCUACGGGAUUGGUGUCCAAUGUGAAACCUUUAUCUUUGGUAAAUCAAGCCAAAAAGGAAACUUACAUGAAACUCAUAGUUCCUUCUUCUCCUGAUGUACUUAAAGCAGGGAAUAAAAAUACCUCUGAAGAAUCUAGUCCUUUGACCAGUGAAAUGCGAUCCAAACGGGAACAAUAUAAACAGACAUUCCCAGCACAGUUAAAGAAACAAGAGUCAUCCAAGAGCUUGAAGAAGGUUAUUGCAGCUUUGUCAAAUCCGAAAGCAACCUCUAGUUCACCAGCACAUCCAAAACAGACGUCAGAAAACAACCACCCUAAUCCAUUCUUGACAAAUGCACUUUUAGGUAAUCACCAACCAAAUGGAGUUAUUCAAAGUGUCAUUCAAGAAGCUCCUCUAGCACUUACUACCAAAACUAAAAUGCAGAGUAAGAUUAAUGAGAACAUCGCUACUCCAAGCAGCACCCCUUUUUCCUCACCUGUAAAUUUGAGUACAGGUGGGAGAAGAACCCCUGGCAGUCAGACAACUGUAACCCCCUCCGCCUCUCCCAUACUGCAUAGUCAAGGGAAGGAAAGAGCAGUUAGCAAUAAUGUAAACCCAGUGAAAACACAGCAUCACCCCCACCCUGCAAAAUCUUUAGUGGAACAGUUCAGGGGAACAGAUUCAGACAUUCCCAGUAGUAAAGAUUCUGAAGAUUCAAAUGAGGAUGAAGAAGAAGAUGAUGAGGAAGAAGAUGAGGAAGAUGAUGAAGAUGAUGAAUCUGAUGACAGCCAAUCAGAAUCAGAUAGUAAUUCAGAAUCAGAUACAGAAGGAUCAGAAGAAGAUGAUGAUGAUGAUAAAGACCAAGAUGAAUCAGAUAGUGAUACUGAAGGAGAGAAAACGUCAAUGAAACUGAAUAAAACAACUUCCUCUGUCAAAAGCCCUUCCAUCAGUCUCACUGCUCACCCAACACCUCGUAACCUCCACAUAGCAAAAGCCCCAGGCUCUGCUCCUGCUGCCUUAUGUUCUGAAUCACAGUCACCUGCUUUUCUUGGCACACCUUCUUCCACACUUACUUCAAGUCCACACUCUGGCACUUCCAAAAGGCGAAGAGUAACAGAUGAGCGCGAGCUGCGUAUUCCUUUGGAAUAUGGCUGGCAAAGAGAGACAAGAAUAAGAAACUUUGGAGGGCGCCUUCAAGGAGAAGUAGCGUAUUAUGCUCCAUGUGGAAAGAAACUUAGGCAAUACCCUGAAGUAAUAAAGUAUCUCAGCAGAAAUGGAAUAAUGGAUAUCUCAAGGGACAAUUUCAGCUUCAGUGCAAAAAUAAGAGUGGGUGACUUCUAUGAAGCCAGAGAUGGACCGCAGGGAAUGCAGUGGUGUCUUUUGAAAGAAGAGGAUGUCAUUCCCCGUAUCAGGGCAAUGGAAGGCCGUAGAGGAAGACCACCAAAUCCAGAUAGACAGCGAGCAAGAGAGGAAUCCAGGAUGAGACGUCGGAAGGGUCGGCCUCCAAACGUGGGAAGUGCUGAGUUUCUAGACAACACAGAUGCCAAAUUGCUAAGAAAACUGCAAGCUCAAGAAAUAGCCAGACAAGCAGCGCAAAUAAAGCUUUUGAGAAAACUUCAAAAGCAGGAACAGGCUCGGGUUGCCAAAGAAGCUAAAAAACAACAAGCAAUAAUGGCUGCUGAGGAGAAGAGAAAGCAAAAAGAACAAAUAAAGAUUAUGAAACAACAGGAAAAAAUUAAAAGAAUACAACAAAUCAGAAUGGAAAAAGAACUUCGAGCCCAGCAAAUUCUAGAGGCUAAAAAGAAAAAGAAGGAAGAAGCAGCAAAUGCCAAAUUAUUGGAGGCCGAAAAACGAAUAAAGGAAAAAGAAAUGAGAAGACAACAAGCCGUUCUUCUAAAGCAUCAGGAGUUGGAGAGGCAUAGACUAGAUAUGGUAUGGGAACGGGAGAGAAGACGACAACAUAUGAUGCUUAUGAAAGCUAUGGAAGCUCGUAAAAAAGCAGAAGAAAAAGAACGGCUGAAGCAAGAAAAACGUGAUGAGAAAAGAUUAAAUAAAGAGCGUAAACUGGAGCAACGAAGAUUAGAAUUAGAAAUGGCAAAGGAAUUAAAGAAGCCUAAUGAAGACAUGUGCUUAGCAGACCAAAAGCCUUUGCCAGAUUUGCCUCGUAUUCCAGGACUUGUUCUCUCUGGAAGUACAUUUUCAGACUGUCUCAUGGUGGUGCAGUUCUUACGAAACUUUGGUAAAGUUUUGGGCUUUGAUGUGAAUAUUGAUGUUCCAAACCUGAGUGUUCUUCAAGAGGGAUUGCUAAAUAUAGGGGACAGCAUGGGUGAAGUACAAGACUUGCUUGUGAGGCUCCUCUCAGCUGCUGUAUGUGAUCCAGGUCUAAUUACAGGAUACAAGGCCAAAACAGCUCUUGGAGAACAUUUGCUGAAUGUUGGUGUGAACCGAGACAAUGUUUCCGAGAUCUUGCAGAUUUUUAUGGAAGCCCAUUGUGGACAAACUGAGCUUACGGAAAGCCUGAAAACCAAAGCUUUUCAGGCUCAUACUCCAGCACAGAAAGCCUCAGUCUUGGCUUUCCUGAUCAAUGAACUGGCAUGCAGUAAGAGUGUGGUGAGUGAAAUUGACAAGAACAUUGAUUAUAUGUCAAACCUGAGGAGAGAUAAAUGGGUAGUAGAAGGUAAACUUCGCAAGCUCAGAAUCAUUCAUGCUAAGAAAACAGGCAAAAGAGACACGUCAGGUGGCAUUGAUCUUGGAGAAGAACAGCAUCCAUUGGGCACCCCCACACCAGGACGCAAACGAAGAAGGAAGGGAGGAGACAGUGAUUUUGAUGAUGAUGAUGAUGAUGAUAGUGAUGAACAAGCUGAUGAAGAUGAUGAGGAUGAAGAAGAUAAAGAAGACAAAAAAGGAAAGAAGACUGAUACCUGUGAAGAUGAGGAUGAAGGUGACCAAGCAGCAAGUGUUGAAGAGCUAGAAAAACAGAUUGAAAAACUGAGUAAACAACAGAGUCAGUACAGAAGGAAGCUCUUUGACGCUUCUCACUCUUUGCGUUCGAUGAUGUUUGGCCAGGAUCGUUACAGACGCCGGUACUGGAUUCUUCCCCAAUGUGGGGGGAUUUUUGUAGAAGGCAUGGAGAGUGGUGAAGGACUAGAAGAAAUUGCAAAAGAAAGAGAAAAACUAAAAAAGGUAGAAAGUAUCCAGAUCAAAGAAGAAAUAUUUGAGACUUCUGAAGAUACUUUAAAUUGCUCAAAUCCAGAUCUUUGUGAGCAAAAGGAAGAUCCUAAAGAAAAAGAUAACACAAACUUGUUUCUUCAGAAACCUGGCUCUUUUUCAAAGUUAAGCAAGCUUUUAGAAGUAGCUAAAAUGUCUCCUGAGUCAGACAUAAUAACCCCCAAACCAAAUAGCAGUGCAAACGGGUGUACAUUGUCUUAUCAAAACAGUGGAAAACAUUCAUUGGCCAGCAUUCAAUCAACAGCAACACAAAGCAACAUGGAGAAGACAGACUCUAAUAAUCCAUUCAGUCCUGGUUCAAGUGGUCCAGGGAAGUUCUACAGCCCUCUACCCAAUGACCAGCUGUUAAAAACACUGACUGAAAAGAAUAGACAGUGGUUCAGCCUUUUGCCAAGAACCCCUUGUGAUGACAGUUCACUCACCCAUACUGAUGCAUCAGCUGCUUCUGUGGUGACUCCUCAGUCUCAGCCACCAUCCCAGUCCCCCUCCCCUGCUCCGGCUCCCCUCUUGGGGUCAUCUUCUGCUCAGAAUCCUGUUGGCCUAAAUCCAUUUGCUGUAUCACCUCUUCAGAUGAAAAGUGGAGUAUCUAUGAUGGGACUCCAGUUUUGUGGAUGGCCCACUGGGGUGCUUACCUCCAAUAUUCCAUUUACGUCACCUUUACCUAGUCUGGGAUCGGGAUUAGGAUUAUCUGAAGGAAAUGGUAAUUCGUUCUUGACUCCCAAUGUUGCUUCAAGUAAAAGUGAAUCUCCAGUCCCACAGAAUGAAAAAGUCUCUUCAACUCAACCUGCAGCUGUUGAAGUAGCAAAACCAGUAGAUUUUCCUAGUCCAAAACCUAUUCCAGAAGAAAUGCAGUUUGGUUGGUGGAGAAUUAUUGACCCAGAGGACCUAAAAGCUUUGCUCAAAGUGCUGCAUCUCAGAGGAAUAAGAGAAAAGGCAUUACAGAAACAAAUUCAGAAACACUUGGAUUAUAUUACCCAAGCUUGCAUCAAGAAUAAGGAUGUUGCUAUUAUUGAAUUAAAUGAAAAUGAAGAAAACCAGGUAACUCGAGAUAUUGUGGAGAACUGGUCAGUAGAAGAACAAGCAAUGGAAAUGGAUUUGAGUAUUCUUCAACAGGUAGAAGAUCUAGAAAGGAGAGUUGCAUCAGCAAGUUUGCAAGUAAAGGGUUGGAUGUGUCCAGAGCCUGCAUCAGAAAGGGAGGACUUGGUAUAUUUUGAACAUAAGUCAUUUUCUAAGUUGUGCAAGGAGCAUGAUGGAGAAUUUACUGGCGAAGAAGAAAGCAGUGCACAUGCACUAGAACGGAAGAGUGACAACCCCCUAGAUAUAGCUGUAACCAGGCUGGCUGAUUUGGAGCGGAACAUUGAGAGAAGGUAUCUGAAGAGCCCCUUAAGUACCACCAUUCAGAUCAAACUGGAUAAUGUGGGCACAGUUACUGUCCCUGCUCCUGCACCAUCCAUUAGUGGUGAUGGUGACGGAAUUGAAGAGGAUAUUGCUCCAGGGCUCAGGGUAUGGAGAAGGGCAUUGUCAGAAGCUCGCAGUGCUGCACAGGUAGCUCUGUGCAUUCAGCAGUUACAGAAAUCAAUAGCAUGGGAAAAAUCAAUUAUGAAAGUUUACUGCCAGAUCUGUCGAAAGGGAGAUAAUGAAGAACUGCUCCUCCUUUGUGAUGGUUGUGACAAAGGCUGUCACACAUACUGCCAUAGACCCAAGAUUACAACCAUACCAGAUGGGGACUGGUUUUGUCCAGCUUGCAUUGCUAAGGCAAGUGGUCAAACUCUAAAAAUCAAAAAACUUCAUGUCAAAGGAAAAAAGACUAAUGAGUCAAAGAAAGGCAAGAAAGGAACUUUAACAGGGGAUACUGAAGAUGAAGACUCUGCAUCUACAAACAGUUCACUGAAAAGAGGAAACAAAGACCUGAAAAAAAGAAAAAUAGAGGAAAACACUUCUAUUAACUUGUCAAAACAGGAAAGUUCUACUUCUGUUAAGAAACCUAAAAGAGAUGACUCCAAAGACCUCGCUCUUUGCAGUAUGAUCCUUACUGAAAUGGAAACUCAUGAGGAUGCGUGGCCUUUUCUACUUCCUGUAAACUUGAAACUCGUUCCUGGUUAUAAGAAAGUUAUUAAGAAGCCUAUGGAUUUUUCCACAAUUAGAGAGAAAUUAAGUAGUGGGCAAUAUCCAAACCUUGAAACCUUUGCUGUAGAUGUCAGGCUUGUUUUUGACAACUGUGAAACAUUUAAUGAAGAUGAUUCUGAUAUAGGCAGAGCUGGCCACAGUAUGAGGAAGUAUUUUGAAAAAAAGUGGACAGAUAUUUUCAAAGUGAGCUGAAGUUAUAAUAACCUCUCUUUUUUUUUCCUUUUAAACAAGGACAAAUGAGACCAGCAAUGUGAACUGUAUUUACAUAAAUGUGCAAGGCACAUACAUAAUGACUUUUUUUUCCUUAAAAUAAGCAUCACAAAAAAACAAAAAAAAAAGUAUCAGAAGAAUGAUACCAUUUUUAAAGGCUUCACUCCUACAACAACCAAGGCCCUUGGUUAUUGGUUUGUGUGAUUUAUCAGCUAACUUAGGUAGAACAGGGAAGCACACCCAAAGAAUUUUCAAAGGAAAGGGUGUUAUAGUGCAAUAGCAAUUAAAAUAUAUCAAAUCGCACUGAAUAUUCAACACCAGAGCUCUAAUGUGGGAAAUGGUUCUCCUUUCCCUCUCAAUAAAUAUCUAUUUUUCAUUUUUUUACUUUGUAGUUUAUUUUUUAGUGAAUGUAUUUAAUUUUAUGAAUUAUUUAUGAUUAAACCACAUCCAGAAUCUUCGUUUUCUGUGAAAAGGAAGAACUAGAAAAUUGCUUUAAAUCUUGAAAAUACAACAAGGAAUGUUUUAAAAUAUAAAACAAAGCCAAGUUAAACUGUUUACACUGAUGUGCUAUAAAGCACCAAAAAUAAACUUUACUGUAGAGUUACAAGUACAUUUAUAUAUAUAUAUAUAUAAAUAUAUAUAUAUAUAUGUUGCUGCAUCACUUGUGUAGUUAAAUUGUAUUUCAAGACAGUGAAGAAAAAUUGACAUGUAUAUACUGUUCAUUAUUGUUUAUAUUAAGUCUUGUUUUAAAUAUGUAUUAUGUGUAUAUAUUGUUUGGAGACAUUAUUGUUUAUGCCUUAGAAGGAUUGUAGCAUUUUAUUUUAGUCUGAAGGUAAUUAUAGCUAUACAGCUUGUACAGUAAUUAUCCUCUACCAACACUGUGGCGUCUCCUUGAUCUUGGUAGUGCCUGCCUUUGAAACAGGGUGUAGGGGAUAUUAGUUUUCCAUUUUUCUAUUUUGUUAUAUAAUUUUAAGCCACCAGGGCCUAAAUUAAAGUAUAAUCAUUUGUAUCCAUGUGGAAUAAAAUUGUGACAAUUUCCUACACACACAGUAUUUUUUCAUAGAAACAUUUCCUUCCCAUUUGCCUUGCCUCAGAAAUAAAUUUAAAAGACAUUUGUAACCACUGUGUUUUAUCUACUGUGUGUUGUGGUGGCCUGUUGGAGGCAAAUAGAUCAGAAUUUUUUUUGUACCUAUGUAAGAGUACUUGAAGUUUUAUUUAAAAUAAAAUGUUGUGAAAAAGGUAGCAUUCUUUUUUUUAGGAGUGUUAUUUUUCACUACUAUGUGUGGCACGGAUACAAUAAAAGACUUUUACAAACUAGUUUUUUAGUUUUUCUUAAUGAGCCUGAAAAUGUUCAUUUAAAUUUGAUUUUUUCAAAACCAUAAAGGAGGAACAACAGACUGUAGCUCAAAGGACAGUGGGCUGGAUGGAGGAGGGUGGUUUUAAGUCAAAUGUUGUGACUUUCAUCUCUGAACAGCAUUUUAUUGUUUGUUUUUUUUCAUAUUUUCAAUAUGAAAAUUUUAGAAUACAUUUUAAAAGUCUUGUUCUGAAUGAGAAAUGUCUCUACUGGUAGACAUAUAACCGAGUUGUCAAUAAGCAAAGUUGAUCCUAUGAAUUAGUCUAAUAAGUCGUGAACUACCAAUUCAAGCAAGCAUUCUUGAAAUAUGAUUUGAUGCCUUGCUGGGCUCUGAGGAAUCAGUGGUGAACGAGACAGGCACAGACCCAUCGUGGAGCGUACAGCCUAGUGAAGAUGUGGUCCUGAGACGAUGUCCUUAGAGAAUGGUUUUAAUAGUGAAGGAAGAGUAGAAAAGUUUUGAAGAAAAUAUUACUAACUUUAAAAUGCUUCGAAGCCACUGAGUAUUUUCCAAAAUUUCUAGAUUGUUUGUGGAGACUUCUAUGAAAAUCAGCUGUUGUUAUGUAAAUAUGUCAGUUUUUGUUAACCAUAUACUGCACUGAUGCCUUAAGGGGCUGGUGCUUCAUCAAAAAGACUAUGUGAAGAAAAGAACAAGGUGGUGCUGUAAAUAAAGUGUCUGGUUUCUGUGUUUAUUGAACUGCCAGAUGCUCCAUGGGGAGUCUUCUUCAUGGGGGUGUUGUGCCUUAGGGAUGAUACAUGCUUACAUUAAUUUAUAUUAGAUGGUAUAUAAGCAGCUUGAUAAUAAUAUGUCUGGUGUCUGAGGAGCUCAUAAAUGAGAAAUAAAAUACUUAAACACACAAAGUACAA